AUGUCGAAAAAGGACAAAAAGUUUCACUUUUGGGUAAAUAAAUUCCCCAUAGGACUGGAUGAGAACUUAGACAAAGCAGAAAGUGGACAUUCAGCUGCAGACCAGGAACUUGAUGGCAUUUUCAGCACAGAGUGCUUAGAUAAUGGCAAGGACAUUAUCCUUAUAUUAACAGAAAACGAUUUAGACAAAGCAAAUGAAGACAAAGCCAACAGACACCUCUCUCCAAACUUCAGGAUGAAGAUAUUCUUCACAAAAACAGAAGACCUGUCCAAUUCAGAGGCCAGCAGCUCAACCUCUGCAACACCAGAUGUCAGUGACAAUGAACCCGAUUAUCAUAGAUACUCUGACACCACCAACUCUGAUCCAGAGAAUGAACCUUUUGAUGAAAAUCAGAAGGCCGUAACUACGAGGAUUGUACAAAGAAUCAGGGUUCACUUCUGUCUUUUCUCUAAACUGCAGUUUGCAUAA